GGGAGGAAGAAUAGGCGCAGCGCAGCCAGCAAUGUUUGAAUUUCUGUGCACACUCGUCCAAGGCCUUUUAGAAGCGUUUCUUGGGAGAGAAGAGGAGAGGGAUUUUCUUUCUUUCUUCCUUGGCCUUUGAUAGAGCUCGCUCCUCCAAAUGAAGGCGGAGGCCGCCAUGGAGGCGGCGGGCGCUCCUCCUCCGCCAGCCGCGAUCGACAAGGACGACGACGGCCGCCCCAAGCGCCAAGGGACGGUGUGGUCGGCGGCCGCUCACGUAAUCACUGGCGUGAUUGGAUCCGGGGUCCUCUCCCUGGCCUGGAGCUUCGCGCAGCUGGGAUGGAUCGCCGGCCCGAUUGUGCUGCUCAUCUUUGCUUAUUUGACUUAUUACACCUCGGCCUUGCUAGCCGAUUGCUACAGGUUCCCGGAUCCCACCACUGGGAAGCGGAACUAUCGAUACAAAGACGCUGUGAAAGUCACAUUGGGGAGAGUGGAAUUGUGGCUGUGCGCGCUGGCUCAGUACAGUAAUUUGGCUGCCACUGCGGUGGGAUACACUGUUACCGGUGCUUUGAGCAUGGCAGCAAUCGCUCGAGCGAAUUGCUUUCACACCAAAGGCUCGAAAGCGUUGGGAUGCGGUGUCUCUGUCAAUCUGUACGUGACGGCCUUCGGGUUGAUCCAGCUCGUUUUCUCGCAAAUCCCAAACUUCCACGAGCUAUGGUGGCUUUCGUACCUUGCGACAGCCAUGUCCUUCACGUAUUCAACAAUCGUCUUGGUCCUGGGGCUGGCGAAACUUAUAGGAAACGGUCGUGUUUCUGGUAGUCCUGGUGGUCUAGUGACGACCCCGGCUCAAAAGACUUGGGCGGUGUUCCAGGCGCUGGGAAACGUUGCGUUUGCCUACUCUUUUUCAAUGAUUCUGAUCGAAAUUCAGGACACGCUAAGAUCAACACCUCCAGAGAACAAGACAAUGAAGAAAGCAACACUCGUUGGAGUAUUAGCCACGACUGCCUUCUACAUGUCAAUCGCCUGUGUCAACUACGCGGCCUUUGGUGAUUCUGCUCCUGGAAACUUACUGAGCCAAGGCUUCGAAAAGCCUUACUGGCUCAUUGACUUUUCAAACGCUUGCAUCGUUCUCCACUUGGUUGGAGCUUACCAGGUGUACAGUCAGCCUCUAUUCGAUUUCGUCGAAGCCUGGGCACUGGAGAAAUGGCCACACAGCGCUCUCAACACCACUCACAAGAUCAAGCUCCUUCACUGGAGGUACUCCACCACGCUCUUCCGGCUCGUCUGGAGAAGCCUCUUCGUGAUAGCAACCACAGUGAUAGCCAUGGCGAUCCCCUUCUUCAACGACGUGCUGGGUUUGCUGGGCGCGAUGGGCUUCUGGCCUCUCACCGUCUACUUCCCGAUCCAGAUGCACAUCAAGCAAGCCCAGAUCAAAACGUGGUCGAUGCGGUGGCUCAAGCUCCAAGCCAUCAGCGCGUUUUGUCUAGUCAUCUCCAUCGCCGCGGGUAUCGGAUCCAUCGAAGGGAUCUACCAGGACCUCAAGGCUUAUACUCCCUUCCACGCUAAUUUCUAAAGAGCGCGGAGAUUUCAAUUUAGAUGUGCUAACUUAAUUUUCACUUAACCUC